AUGAGUCUAAGCUCGAAGCUCAAUGAGUUAGAGGAGUUGACGUCAAAUGCGAAGCAAAUACAAGACAAUUUGUUGGAGGAGAUACUCAAAGUCAACGCCAAUACAGAGUAUCUCCGACGUUUUCUCCAUGGGAGCUCUGAUAAAGAGCUCUUCCAAAAGAAGGUACCAGUGGUGAGCUAUGAGGACGUUAGGCCUUAUAUUGAACGGGUCGCUAAUGGAGAGCCCUCAGAUGUCAUUUCGGGCGAACCCAUUACUAAUUUCUUGAUAAGCUCUGGAACCACUGGAGGGAAACAAAAGAUCUUUCCAGUGAACGACAGAUACUUUGAGAAUUUUGCAUUCAUUUAUGCUCUACGCUCCUCCAUUGUAUCCAAGCAUAUUGAUGGUGUCAAGGAAGGAGGAAAAUCGAUAACGUUUCUAAACAUGGGACUGUUAUCUGCGACUCCCUUUGGUUUGCCUAUUGCUUCUGCGGUCACGAACUUUCUAAUGAGCGAUAGUUUCAAGAAGUGGUCAUCAAAACGUUAUGCUAGCCCUGACGAAGUCAUGUUUUGUGCAGACAGCAAACAGAGUAUGUAUUGUCAUCUUCUUUGUGCUCUUGUCCGGAGAGAGGAGGUUGUGAGUGUUUCUGUUCCCUUUGCUUCUGCGUUAGUCCAAGCGAUCAAAUUUCUUGAAACCCACUGGAAAGAGUUGUGUAAUAAUAUAAGAUCUGGUCAUGUCAGCGAGUGGAUCACUGACCUUGGUUGCAGAGAAUCUGUCUCUGCCAUACUUGGAGGAUCUAAUCAAGAAUUGGCAGAUCUGAUUGAACAUGAGUGCAGCCAGAAGUCAUGGGAAGGUAUCAUCACACGGCUAUGGCCUAACGUCAAAUCCAUUCAAUGCAUAGUUACGGGACAAAUGAGUCAAUACAUUCCAACAUUGGAGUUUUACUCCAACAAGUUGCCUCUCAUCUCUUUGAGUUAUUCGUCUUCUGAAACAUUUUUUGGGGUGAAUGUGAAUCCUUUAUGCAAGCCACAAGAUGUGUCCUACACAUUUCUUCCCAAUUUGUCCUACUUCGAGUUUCAACCUGUUGAUUCAAGAAACAAUGAUGAAAUUCUUGAUCUUGUUAACGUCAAGUUAGGGUGCUUCUAUGAGGUCUUGGUCACAAAUCGUUUUGGCUUAUACAGAUACAGAAUGGGAGAUAUUUUACAAGUGACUGGAUUUUAUAAUGCUGCGCCUCAAUUCAGAUUUGUAAGUAGAAAAAAUAUUGUUCUAAGCAUUCAAAUGGAGGCAACAACUGAAGAAGAUGUUGUAAUGGCGUUGAACCAUGCGAGACUCGUUCUUGAGUCUUCAGGUUUAGUGUUGAUGGGCUUCACAUGCUAUUCAAAUGUCUCCUCUGUCCCAGGUCAUUAUGUUCUUUACUGGGAGCUUAAAACCAAAACCCCUAAUGGCAUUGUUAAGCUUGAUAACAAGGUAAUGGUGGAAUGUUGCCGUGUAGUGGAAGAAUCAUUUAACGUUAUCUAUAAAAAAUUUAGGAGUAAAAGUGACUCCAUCGGCGCUUUAGAGAUAAGAGUGGUGCAACAAGGAACGUUUGAUUCUCUUAUGGAAUAUUUCGUCUCCAAUGGUGCUUCUCCCUCUCAGUACAAGACACCUCUAAGCGUAAACUCUCCAGAAGUUUUAGCAAUUCUUGAAGAAAAAUGUGUUGCUCGUUUUUUCAGCGACAAAAUCCCUCCUAUCCUUGUUGACGAGGGGAAUAAUGAUGGAUCACAAGAUGCUGCAAACCGGAGAAAAUCAAACUAA